AUGAGGAAUUUCGUUGAGAAAUUGGUGCUCUCUUUACUAUGGAUCUCCCUGUUCCAAGGGUGCAUGGUCCAGUCUGUGGAAUAUGAUCAUACAGCUAGUAUUGAGUGCCUCCGUGAUCCGAUGAAGCCCCUCUACAAGGGCGGCAUCAUCCAGAACAGCGAGUUCAACAACGGCCUCAUGGGGUGGUCGACGUACCGGAACAUCAAGGCCGGCGUCGGCAAGUCGGCGUCCGGCAACAGGUUCGCCGUGGUGCAAGGCGCGAUCAGCUCCCUGUUCAGUGCCGCCGGCGACGCAGCCGCCUCGCAGUCCCACAGCGUCUACCAGAAAGUCCAGAUGCAGGGCGACACCCACUACUCGCUAUCAGCAUGGCUGCAAGUGUCGGCCGGCACGGCUCACGUGAGGGCGGUGGUCAAGGCCCCCAACGGCGAGAACAUCACCGCCGGUGCCAUCGACGCCCAGUCCGGCUGCUGGACCAUGCUCAAGGGCGGCAUGACCGCGCAUUCCUAUCACUCCGGACAAGGAGAGGUCUUCUUCGAGAGCGACACCCCCGUGGACAUCUGGGUGGACAGUGUUUCCCUGCAGCCCUUCUCCUUUGAUGAAUGGGACGCCCACGCCCGCCGGUCCGCCGAUAAGGCUCGCCGGAGCAUGGUUAAGGUCGUCGCGAGGGGCCCCGACGGGCAGCCAAUGCCGAACAUGAGCGUCAGCAUCCAGCUCCUCCGCACAGGGUUCCCGUUCGGCAACACGAUGACCAAGGAGAUCAUCAGCAACCCAGCCUACGAGAAGUGGUUCUUCUCGCGCUUCACGGUGGCCACCAUGGAGAACGAGAUGAAGUGGUACAGCACGGAGUGGAACCAGAACCAAGAGGACUACAAAAUCCCGGACGACAUGCUCAAGAUGGCUCAGAAGUACGGCGUCAAGGUGCGCGGGCACAACGUGUUCUGGGACGACCAGAACUCGCAGAUCAAGUGGGUGCGCCCGAUGGGCGUCGACCAGCUCAAGGCGGCGAUGCAGAAGCGGCUCAAGUCGGUGGUGUCGCGGUACGCCGGGAAGGUCAUCCACUGGGACGUGCUCAACGAGAACCUGCACUUCAACUUCUUCGAGACCAAGCUGGGCCCCAACGCGUCGCCCAUGAUCUACCAGCAGGUGGGCCAGAUCGACCACAACGCCAUCCUCUUCAUGAACGAGUUCAACACGCUGGAGCAGCCCAUGGACCCCAAUGGCACGCCCACCAAGUACAUCGCCAAGAUGAAGCUCAUCCAGGGCUACCCCGGCAACGGCGGCCUCAAGCUCGGCGUCGGCCUUGAGAGCCACUUCUCCACGCCCAACAUCCCCUACGUCAGGGGCGCCCUCGACACGCUCGCGCAGCUCAAGCUGCCCAUGUGGAUGACCGAGGUCGACGUCGUCAAGGGCCCCAACCAGGUCAAGUACCUCGAGCAGGUGCUCAGGGAAGGCUACGCCCACCCAGGGGUGCAGGGCAUCGUCAUGUGGGCCGCAUGGCACGCCAACGGAUGCUACGUUAUGUGCCUCACCGACAACAGCUUCAAGAACCUCCCCGUCGGUGCCCUCGUAGACAAGCUCAUCGCCGAGUGGAAGACGCACGCGACGUCUGCCACCACCGACGCCAAUGGGCUCGUCGAGCUCGACCUCGCCCACGGCGACUACAAGUUGACGGUGAACCACCCUUCUUCGCUAGCCGCGUCCCACACCAUCACGGUGGAUGCAGCGUCAUCCGAGCACACCAUCAGUUUGAAAGUGUAG